CAGCCCAAAAUCGAUUGUGCUCUUCUCUUCUCGCCACCAUCUGAGCGUCUGUGAGGUCAAUCGAGCGACGACUCACUCCUCCUCAGUCAUCUCUCUGUCUCUCUGCGCACUACGCAGAUUCGAAGUCGAAGUGUCGAACUCGAAGACUCGAAAUUGAAGGCUCCAUCGACGGUUGCUUCACCUCCUCAUUCUCUACCCAUUUCAUUCCUUCAAGUGCGGCACAACACUCUCUUUGGAGCACAAAAGAAAGUGAGGCAUGGCAUUGAGGCGUUUCUUUGGAUUCUCUGAUGGCGAGUUGAUGAGAUCAGACGCAAAACCUUGUUCCAAGUUAGUGACACAAACUGCUCGGAUUUUUACUGUUGGAGGAGCAUUAGGUUUUUGGAUUCUCUGCCGCUUGCAUUAUGGCCCUAGAAUCACAGUUCCUCGGAGUCUAAGGUGGGCAGCUUGUGGAGCUGUCUCUGUAAGCUCAACCACAGCUUUACUGGUUCGCUUAUUCAGUCCAGAAUGUGAACCCCAAAAUAUUACUGCUUAUGACAAGAAAAAAUAGUGAGUGGUUGCUUAAUUGUAAUAUGUGACGUAAACCUUUGUGGGUCCUUUUAGGUUGGUGAUGAUACUUAUUAUUUCCUUGACAAGCCUUCAGGACUUAUUUCUUACACUUGCGGAUUAGUAUCUUUUCUUAGGAAAUGAAUGUGUUUGUUGUUCGUUCUUGUGAUAGCUUGUGGGAAUGAUCUGCAAAACAAUGUAUAGUGUUGUUUGGGAUGAUUGUUAUAUCUUGGGUGGUGCUAUUGGUGCAAUUUUGCCACAAAGACUGGAGUGGAUGCAUCCAUUGCAUUGCUACCUUAUUUGAUUCUUACAUCCAUUGCACAGAGCAAACAAAAGUUGUGUAAAAAAUUGGUCGCUCUUUGAUCAUUACAUACUGCAGUUAUGCUGCCCCAUCCUUCACAUUGAUUGACUUCUUCUGAUUUGUAACCCGAUAAUUGGCAUCUUCAUUUCUCUCAUCUCAUCAUUCCCCUGCAUCUGGUUGCCCUUUCCCUUUCACUCUCAUUUCUCUUGUCUCAUCAGUCCCCACAUAGAAACAUUGUCUGUCUCAAACUCUUAAGUUUCUUCGGUCUUCACUACAAAUCAGAGGCUUUCACAGCAAAGAGUGCUUGGAUUGUGUGAAGCUUUUGCCUGCUGGAAUGGUACUGCAUGUUUCCGCUGGAUUUCUGGGUUGUUUUAAUUAUUUUCUGCCGGAGAAUUGCAGUGUUUCAAUUUUUGUUGGAAGUAUUAAUUAAUUACUGACGUUUGGAGUGCUGUUUGUACUUUAAUCUGUUGUGACGUAUACCUGUUUAUAUUAUUAAGUUGAUUAUGGC